AUGUCGCAACACUAUGUACUCGGUCCAGAACUGACUCAUCUACAGCCGACUUCAACGCCAUCGCCCGUAUGUACCACCGGAUACAGCAAGCACAACCCCGCCGACAUCCUCUCCACGAUCGCUCCAUCCAUCAAAGCGCGACUGACCCUUGCUCCAGAGCAGUUCGUCCAGUUCUACUACAAGACCUUCGAUGAGAACCGCGCUGGUCUCGGUGCCCUCUACAAGGAGACUUCCAUGCUCACUUUUGAGGCGCAAGGCACUCAGGGUUCCGCUGCCAUUGUAGAGAAGCUCCAGAACCUGCCAUUCCAGCAGAUACAACACCGUACCGACACCGUCGACGCUCAGCCUUCCGCCGAUGACGGUAUCCUUGUGCUCGUCACCGGUGCGCUUUUGGCAAGUCGUUCCCAUGCAUCGUUACAUCCGACCUUGACUAAUACUGAACAGCUUGCGGGAGAGGACAAGCCAAUGAGCUUCACCCAGGCCUUCCAGCUCAAGAAUGCUGAGGGCAACUGGUUCGUUCUGAACGACGUUUUCCGUCUCGUAUACCCCGCCGCGUAG